AUGGAUGUAGGAAAUGGCAGAACAAUCAAGUUCUGGGAGGAUAUCUGGUUGCCUAGUGGAAGGUUGAAAGAGAUGUUCCCAAGACUUUUCUCGGUCUCAAAUCUCACAGGAUCUGUUAUAGGAGAGUGCGGGUUUUGGGAUGGGUUAGAAUGGAUCUGGAGUUUCCAGUGGAGGAGAGAAUUAUUUCAGUGGGAGCUGGAGCUCUUACACCAACUCCAUGAGGUAAUGCAGAAAGCAGCACUCCCGGAGGAAAUUACGAGCUAUAGCUUCACUAGCGCUAUUUGGAGGGGUUUUGCUCCACCAAGGGUUGAGUUAUUUUCAUGGUUUGUUUUGGUUGAGAGGGUGAAUACUAAGGAGAGGCUAUGCAAAUUAGGAGUCAUUGACCAGCAUGAUAAUAUGUGUGUUUUAUGUGUGUGGUGUGCAUGGCUAUUCGCUCUUGGAAGGAUAUGGGCUAUGCCGGGUACAAUAAAGCAACAUUUUGAGAGCUGGUCGAAUGCUUCACAAAGAAAGAAUGAGCGGAGGCGGUGGUUGAUUGGGUUUUUUACUGUUAUCUGGGCAAUUUGGAUAGAAAGGAAUGGUAGAGUCUUCAAUAAUAAAGGCUCAGGGGUGAUGGAAAUAAUAAACAGAUCCUUUAUGCUCUCCGAUGAGUGGCUUGGUGGUGAACCUCCUGGUCGUUGA